UCCGGGGCCCGCGAUAGCAUCAUCAUGGUUACCUCGGCUUAUCAUGAUUGUCUACUGAUACUGUCCUCACAUUGUCUACUAAACUUCAUGUGACACGUUGGCAGACAAGACGACAAUAGUCGCACGAUUACAUCACUUCAAAGCCGAAAGGAAAUGCGCCAGAACGGAACGCUUUGCAUACCCACAGCGCGACUACAGCGAGCAACAUGAGAGGCGCCACCGGACGCCUGGAAGAGGUAGCAAGAGGAGGAGCACGAGCAUACACACAAAGACAUGCUUCAUCACGAACAUACAGCACACGAUCGCGACCGAAAACGGCCCUCUUCUUCCCUGGACAGGGAGUGCAGCGCGUGGGCAUGAUCGACCCCUGGCUCCAAGCCUUUCCCAACACCGUCCGCCCUCUCCUCGACGAAAUCGACCAUACCCUCAACAUCUCACCCUCCCUCACAAGUCUGAUCAGCGAUGGCACAAAUGCAGAGCUCACCGCUACCCAAAACGCACAGCCUGCCAUCAUGGCCACCAGUAUCCUGAUCCUCCGCGUCCUAGAAAGAGAGUUUGGCUUCAAUACAAAGGAAAUCGUCGAUGUAACACUAGGCCACUCAUUGGGCGAAUUCGCAGCCUUGGUGGCAGCAGGAAACCUGCAAUUCACCUCUGCCCUCAAAAUGGUGCGCAGACGUGGCGAAACAAUGGCGCGAUGCUCUGCCUCCUCAGCAGCAGAAAUGGGCAUGAUAGCCCUCGUCUGCGAACCCAACCAACGAGACGCUACCCUCGACGCCAUAACCCGCCAACUCGACCAAAACAAACUCCUCCAAUGCAACGUCGCAAACAUCAAUUCAAAAACACAAUUCGUACUCAGUGGAGACAUUGGUCACAUUACUCAAGUACUGGAACACAUUCGUCACUUUGACUCUCACGACCCCAGAGCGGUGAGAUUAAAGGCUGAUUCUCCCUUUCAUUCUCCCCUCAUGUUGCCGGCUGUGCAUCUUAUGCAGAAGUUGCUUUCUGCUCCUGGCGCCAUAACCUUCGACGACACGACAUUACCAUGCAUUUCCAAUGUCACAGCACUCCCCUUCACCUCUGCGGACGAACUCACAGAUCUAGUAGCCAGAAGUGCAGCAGAACCAGUGCUUUGGCAUCAAAGCAUCCAAUACCUGCAUCAAGAGCAAAAAGUUAAGAGAUGGAUUGGCAUUGGUCCCGGCAAGGUUGGAAGAAACCUUGUAGGCAAAGAGGUGGGUAUGAAGGGAGUCGAUAUCAAAGGUGGCGGCGUGUUGGCACUUACGGACCCGAAAGAACUGGAUGAGUUUAUGCGCGCGCUGGAGGACACCGAGAAAGCUGUCGAGGACGAGGGUCAGCAAUGAGUCGUGAUCAAGUCGACCGAGUUGCUGCGGUGCUUGAAAGCAAAGGCUUCGCAAUCAGCUGCCAGGGGGCUAGAGACAGCUAAUAAGAUCUCCGAGCCUUGCCACAUCAAAGACCUGUUUGAAUCUUCCACUCACAUCUUCUCAUCUUUUCACCUUCGCCGUCUUUUGAACACCAUGUGCGAGUCAUUUUCACAAAUAGGCGAAAUCGACACAAUCCAGGCGGCUCCCGAAUCUUCCUCAUCAGAUGUCCAAAAUGCCAGAUCACCACCGGAAAACAUGUCACUUUUUGUACACUCGGUUUCUAGCUUUGCACUCGACA